CGGCGGGUGAUACUUUUCCUUCUCAUGUGUAAAUCAACUCAAAUUAACGUUAAUUGCGGCCAGCCUGUGUCUUAAAAAGUUUCGUGAAGGCGUUAAUUUGAUUUAAUUCGGAUACUUUAAGGGUUGUGAAUCAGAAGCAGCUUCUGUAAAAGUCAGUUAUAACAGCCAGAAAAGUUGUCAAGUUAGCUCAGGCGCUUUAGCCGUGGAGAUAACGAGCAGCUACAGCUAGCUUUAGCAUGAGCUGCUCGCCUCAGUCGCUGCUCUAACGUUUGUCUCAUGUGAAGCAGCAGCAGCAGCAGCACCAUGGUGGUCCUGAGAGCGGGGAUGUGUCCCGGGCUAGACGAGGAUUUAGUGCGCGACCUGCGUGCCGCCGAUGUCAAAACAGUGGAGGAUCUGGUCUCAUGCAAUCUGGAGGAACUGGCUCAGAGAUGCUCCGUGUCAUAUAAGGCUCUGUUUGCCGUGCGCCGAGUGCUGCUGGCCCAACACUCCGCCUUCCCCGUGUCGGGGGCUGAUCUCUACGAGGAACUAUUGAGCUCCACGGCCAUCCUGUCCACUGGAAAUCCCAGCUUAGAUAAACUGCUGGAUUCCGGCUUGUAUACUGGAGAGAUAACGGAGCUGUCGGGAGGCCCAGGAAGUGGCAAAUCUCAGGUGUGCUUCGGCGUGGCCGUGCACGUUUCUCAGCAGCUGAAACAGAACGUGAUCUACGUGGAUACGACAGGAGGAUUCACCGCCAGCCGCCUGCUGCAGAUGCUACAAACGGAGACGAGCGACAAGGAGGAGCAGAUGGCUGCUCUUCAGAGGAUCCGCGUCUUCCGCGCAUUUGACGUCUUCUCCUUACUCGACUGUCUGUUCGGGCUCUGCAGCGACGGCCUUCAGCAGGCGUCAGUCGGCGGAGGCUCUGUCAAGGCAGUGAUUGUGGACUCUGUGUCGGCUGUUGUCGCUCCUCUGCUGGGAGGCAAACACAGUGAAGGAAUGUCCCUGAUGAGUCAAGUGGCAGGAGUUCUGAGGACGAUGGCCAAGGAUUUUAACGUCGCUGCUUUGGUAACAAACUAUGUGACGAGAAGCAGCAGUGGUGAGCUGCAGCCGGGCCUCGGCGUCUCGUGGAGUCACAUCCCCAGAACCAGAAUCCUGCUGGAGCGACUGGAGGAUGGAACUGCUGCUGCUGCUGCUGCUGCUGCUGCUGCUGCUGCUGCUCCUGCUGCUCCUGCUGCUUCUACUUUUUCUGCUCCUGCUGCUCCUGCUGCUUCUUCUUCUGCUCCUGCUGCUGAUGUGAGCCGCUCCAGUCUACGAUCCGCAACACUGAUCAAGUCCUCCAGACAGCCUUGUCUCAUCAGAGAGGAGUUUGACCUGCAGUGGUGGAGUCGCUCCAAAGACCAGAAAACCUCUGGACUCAAGAGGAAACGAGAAGAAGACUCCGAUUCCUGAAGCAGAGACGUCCUUUCAUCCUCAGGCCAGAAGGGCGGGACCAUGCGUCUCUUGCGGAUGCACUGCCAGAUCCAGCUGGGCGUGACCCUCUCCGCCCUGCUGUUCUCCUCGGGCUCCGCCAUGGUGUGCGUCGCCGAGGUGGCGUCGUAGUCCGGCACCAGGUCGCCGUCGUACGCCACAAAGUAUCGCCGCAGUUUGUCGAAGUCCUGCGUGGAGCCGGGGAGGAAGAGCUUCACGCCGCUGAAGAUGUCGAGCAGAGUCUGCGGCAGGAAAAGAGACGGUCAGGAAAAACGUUAGCGACACAACACACGUGUGUAAUGCAAUUCAAAAAUCAGGUCAAAUCUUUCUCUUUAGCGAGAAAGUGACAUUUUCACAAUUUUGUUCGCAGUUUUACAUCACUGAUGAAACAAUAUGUAACUAACUCAGCAACUUUAGCUGUUUUCCACAAGGACCAAAGCAGCUGAACGUCACUGUUCGCAUUUUUUUAACCCGCUGUAAAGUUCUAUCGUGUGACUUUGUUUCCUUCACAGGAAACAGUGUUAACUUUAAUCAUUAAAAUUUGGUUUGUACAGAAUAUUAACGUAGUAAAACUCUGGUAUCAUGUACAGAAGCCACAUUUUUACAGUAUAGAAACACGUAGCUGUGCGUUUGCAAAACAAAGUGUGUAGAAUAAGAUGUGUAGGCGAGGACAACAUUUGAUCUAAAAAGGGGUUUUCCACACAUUUUAGCUCUAUUAUUAUUGUUAUCAUUAUCGAGCCGUAUUUUUAGAUGACUAAUAAAAACUCCUGAACAGAGGAGAAACUGUUUUCUAUAAUUCUACACUCCACAGUUGUUAUUUUUCUUCUCUAACAUGAAUAAAACGGUGUAUAGUUACUUAACACGGACUUAAACUAAAUGAAUCCUAAGUGUGCUACAGCGGUAUUUGUGUUGAAAACUAAACUGAAGCUUGUUUGUUUAGAAAGUAAACUAAUUAAAAGUGAAGUGUAAAUAACUACAGCAGCAGCAGUUCAGUGUAAAAACAAUCACGGGAGUAAAUUUCAUGCGUCAGUGAAGGAUGGGAGUCGACUUGGCACACGGAGAUAAUGAGGAGGAAACUGGAGAGCUGUGUGCGUCACAGGUGGACACACACACACACACACACACACACAGGUUUCCAUGUCUUCAGAGGACAUUACAUUCAUUUCCUGGACAUUUAACCAUAAUUACUACUGAUUUAAUCCUAACCCUGACCUCGGCCUAUCUUUAAAACACGUCUUCACCUUUAAAUUUAGUCAUUUAUGUUGUGGAGACUUGAUGACUUUUUGUCCCCUUAAGGAAGACACGUCCCACACACACACACACAGACACCUGCGUGCAGAGAUAUGGAGAAACACACAGGUGUGUGGUUUUUUUGUGCCGAUUAACUGCGACGCUGAAGCUGUGACUGACAUUUUUCUGAUUAUUAUUUUACUUCAUGAAAUAAAAAUCCUCAUGUUUUUAUGAUA